CUUAAAGUUUCACUCUAUUUUAGAAUACAUCAUGGCAUCUCGCAAGAAGAUUCUCCUGAAGGUGAUCAUCCUUGGAGACUCAGGUGUAGGCAAAACAUCCCUUAUGAACCAGUUUGUUAACAAGAAAUUCAGCAACCAGUAUAAGGCAACCAUUGGAGCAGAUUUCCUCACAAAGGAGGUCAUGGUUGAUGACAGAUUGGUUACCAUGCAGAUCUGGGAUACAGCUGGUCAAGAAAGAUUUCAAUCGUUAGGUGUUGCAUUCUAUCGAGGAGCUGAUUGUUGUGUUCUCGUCUAUGAUGUUACAUCUCCCAAUACCUUCAAGUCUCUCGAUUCAUGGCGUGACGAGUUUCUAAUUCAAGCCUCACCAAGGGACCCUGACCACUUCCCAUUUGUUGUCCUGGGUAACAAGAUUGAUCUGGAGAAUAGGGCGGUAUCGACGAAGCGAGCACAACAAUGGUGUCAUAGUAAAAAUGAAAUUUUCUAGUACGUAAGAAGGAAGCACUUGGUUCCAUUUGUGAUAUCAGAUACAUGAGCUCAGAAGAGAAGAAAGGGAUCUGUAAUCCCGGGCCGGUUCCAGGAGCAACUUUUGAGUGUGACUGACCAUGUUGUGCGACGAUCACUACUUGUACAUACAGUGGUGCCCCAGACAAUACUUUUUUGGGAGUAUAUCUUGCACCUUUAUCAACAUUUCACAUGGGGAUUGGCCUUUAAUUUUUUUUUUUUUUAAUUAUUAUUAUUAUUAUUAUUAUUAUUAUUAUUAUUAUUAUUAUAGAAAUACUGCUACUUCAGAUAAUUUUUAUUUAUUGCUUAUUUUUCUUGAUCUUAUCUCAUCAGGAUCCAUGGAUAAAAAGAAAAAAAAUGGCUUAUAAGGAACAGUGUUAUGAGGAGUAAAUAUUCGAAACAAGAAAUCAACUAUGGGAAAGGUUCUCUUGAUUCUUUCAGCUUAAUCGUUUGAUAUUUUAUUGGAUGAGCAAACUUAGGUUACAUGGAAGCCAUGCAGGUUUAGCACCCCCAUGGUAUUACUGGGAAGGUUAACCCUGUUGCAGCCUAAAAAGGAGGCAUAUUAAUUAUAUAUUGUCUAUAUCUUAUAAAUUUUCUUUAUGAUCACAAUUUAUAGAAUUAAGAAAAAAAAAAUUCUUUCCAAUUAGCUUAAAUCUGGCAUACUGUCAAGGGUAGGGUAAGCUUUUUGGGGGCUGAUUUUCAAAACAGAGUUGCUUCAGAGGACAUUAUAGGAAAUAUGUCAGGCUAGUAAGUACCAUGCUACCAGAUAGUUAUAUUUUGGACAUGUUACUUGUUACUUGUUUCCAAAAGGGAUGAAACCUUGUUAUAAACAGUUUUUUAAUAAUUUCAUAAUUUGCCAUAUUAGGGACUAUAUAUGAUAUAUAUUUGUAAUAUACCUUUGUUCUGAAUUAAUUUAAGAAUUGAAAUAAUUAAAAUUUUGAGGAUCUACCUGUUGGUGCAUUACUGCAGCUAGACUUUUUUUUUCGCUUUGAGUUUUGGGGCAGGAUACCACUGACUUUACCUAUCCUUAAUUCCUUCUGAGAAACAAAGUAGAUGCUAUCAGAUGAGUGAGAAAUGGUGAGGAGAUUAAAAUAUCAGUUGGGAUUGGGCUACAUUGUACUUUUGGUGAUAUCCCUGUUAAGAUACCAGACUCAGAAUGGUUGCAUUAUCAUGUGAAACUCAUGUGGCUGAGCUGUGUAACUCAUACAAGACAGUUUGUAGCUGUAAAUUUAUAUCUUGUCUAAAGAUGUUUUACUUCAUUUCUAAAUUCCAUGCUUCAGUUACCAGCUCUAUCCCGCCCCAACAUUUAAAUUCCCUCCCAUACAAGAACACCAAAGCUCUAAUCCUAUAUUUUAUACUGUGAUUGUUAAAUCAGUUCAAAAUGGGUUUCAUGAUUUUAAGGUAUAUUCAUUACAUGUACAUAAAUGUAAAGUACACAUUCAGUGUGUUAGAUUAUUAAAUAUUGUUUUUUUUUCCCUUUUUUUUAUCGACUGGAAAAUGUGUGCUUAAAUGUUUUCUAUUUAUGUUGGUUUGUAAUUGCAAUUUUAACGGCUAUUAAGUGUCAUAGGUUAUUGGUUGGAGUACUCUAGUGAGUCAGCAGUGAAAAGGGUUUUCAGAAUAAAUUGAUAUGGCAAAUUUACUCUCCUGGUUAUAGUAUUUGUAGAUAUUGUUUCUGCAAAAGAUAAGCAAUAUAGGGUUAAAUUAAUAGAAACAUCUAUGUAGAAAAUGGAAUAUUAAUUGGGCUUGAUCGGCUUUAUUGAAUUUGGGGGUCUGCUGACUUUCUAGAGCACCUUGAUUUGGAAAGAAAUAAAAUUUGUAUACAGGUGUGAAGUAAUACAGCGAGCAGUCAGCAAAUCUUAUGGGUACUAUACUCACAAAGUGCACAGCUGUCUUUGUUGCCAUUCCUUUCUCUUUAGAAUCAUUUAUCCCAAAAUCAGAUAGGAUGAUAUAGUUUUGCAGUGUAUUCACUUUCAACUGUGGUAAGAUCUGUAUUAUGUAUUAAAUACAAAUAAGGAUAUUCAUA